UUUACGAUCUGUGUUGAGUCUUUUACGUUCACGGAUUUGCGGAAACAAGAGAAUCUUUAUUUUAUUUUUCAACACACCUGUCACUCGAAGCAGCGUAUUUUUACCGCAUGUUGAUCAACGAAAACAUCUUUUUCCUUUCGGUUUAGACCAUUUGAUAUUCACAAUUUAUGAACAGAGAUCUGAUGUCAUUUAACCACCGCGUGCACGUUUUUACGCGCGAGGUGUAACGAUAUAAUAAGCAUGUCUUUCCUAAUGAAAUCCAUGGAGCAGUUUAAUUAUCUCAGCAACAAAGAGAGGGAGAAUUUCUUCCUAUCCGAUGAUGAUGAGGAAGAUGAAUUUGACUUCAAGUAUGUUCCUGCGAGUCAGUUCAAAAAUGUUGUCAAAAACGUACGGAGACAGAAAAUUAAAAUGAACGAUGAACGGAAAUGGAACUCGUUCGUGAAGGAACAGGAAUUGCUAGAGAAAACGGAAAACAUGCCGACCAACUUAGAUCCUCUGGCGAUGAGGAACAUCAAAGAAUUUCUGCGCGAGAAUAUCGGCAAUGUUGAUAGAGAGCUCAAGAGGCUCGAAGAAGAUGCUAUGCCGGAAAUUAAUCAAAUUUUCAAAAGCGUUGACACUGUAAAGAAUGCCGAGGCUCACACCAUGAUGCAGGCAUCGGUAAAAGCACCAACGACGAAGGAAACUGGUACAGGAAGUUCGAAUGUCUUACUUACUAUUCCAGAAGAGCAUAAUCUGCAUCACACGCACAGGAAAUUGGGCAAGCCAAAGUCCAAGCAUGAGGACAACACCAGAAAGUCAUCCUCAGAUCAUAUGGUGCUGAGAAAAAAUCAAUCAAGGAAACUGCUCCAUGUAAUGGAUGAUUCGGAGUAUAAUUCCAGUCCAGAACCGAGCCCAGAUAGAGUCAGUGAUAAGGCAGAAGAUUUUUAUGCAAGGCCGGAUCCAAUAGCAGUCCAAAGAGUUCUUGCCAUUCAAAAAAAGGUUUCCUCUUUGUUGGAUGAAAUUUCAUUCCGACUGGACAGAAUUCCACUUCCAGAUGGCGACAGAGAUCUUUCUCGGAGACUCCAGCGUGUCGCUGAAUUUUCUGUUAGAUUUUCCAGGAAUUAUUUGUAUGACUUGGGAAGGCAAAUAACAGAUAUGCAGCAACACAUCCGUGCCAUGUCCUCUAGUGCCCGACCAAGACCGUGUCAGAGGAGCAUUGCCUUUCAUCUUCAGGCCGUUAGUCAGAAGUUGAUCACUGCGCAUCAGAUAUUACUUCAAGGAUUGAGUGCCUAUUGCAAGCAUAUACCGAGUUCCAUUGUCAAAGGACACCCUGGGAAGCUGAAAGAAAUCCUGCAGGUGGUAAUGGACCUGAAGGAUAUCUGCAAUAAGGUUAACAUUACCUCAGAGCAUUAUGGAUCUGGAGACGCGGAUAUGCAGCCGCUUAUCAAUGAGACUCAUAAAAAGUGUGGCGUCAUUCUCUCAAAACUGCAACUGAAAGGCCUUGGAUCGGACGAAUCACAAUUAAUGAGUCAUACAACCCCAUCUACGACGGCUGCUGCACAAACAUCUUCACGAUCCAGACGAAGGUGUAAACAAAAACGAUUAUCUAGUCGACUCAGCAUGUACAGCAUGGAAGCAAAUGUUCCAAAGACACACACCACCCGAAGAUCAAGCACCUGCUUUACAAAGGAAAAAAAAUACUCAAAUACAAGCUCAAAGUUUAUGCACUACAAUCGUUUAGUGACUCCUAAGCAGCCAAAUCCGAGCCCUGCAACUGUUAAAUCGUUGCCCAAAGAAAUAACUAGAGUUCACCCUCAAAAAGUAAGACGUCCUCCGAAAGAGGAUAAUAUCAGAACAAUGAUGGACAUGUUACCACCGGCUGACUCUGAUGUUAGUAGCAGUAUUGAUGCAGUGCCAAUGAACAGAUAUUUUUGUACAAACUCGAUGACUGAAAAACCUGAAAUGCCUCGACAGUAUUCUACGAGACCAAAAAUUCCAUCGCAUAGGACAACUAGUAAAGAAUUGCAGAAAGUAAGAAGCAGCAAAACACUUAUGGACGAUCAAGAGUUGACCAAAAGAGUUACUAUGAUCACAGAUGAACAUUUAUCAUCGUUGGUACCUGUUAUCGCUGAUCUCAUGUCUGUGAUUACAAGCAAGCAAAACGACUUUGAAAUAAGGCCGGUAUCGUCAGCUUCAAUGGAAACACUUUUGGAAUUCUUACAAAAAUAUCAAUCCCCACAAAGUGAAGCGACAAAACUAACGUCACCCAAUUGCAAUCGAUCCAAAGAAAUCAGAAGCGGUUCAAAGAAUAUGCAGUUAAUAUGCAUGCCGUAUGACGAGGAAAAAGAUAAGGAAUCAAAAUGCAGUGAUUACCCUUGUGAAAUAAAUUUGGAAGGCUCCGACGAGACAUCAGAAGUUCCUGAAGAAGAAACCACGCUCAGGAUAGUUACUUCUACUAACGAAAUAAAGAAGAGCCCGGUGCAACUAAUAGCACCUGUAUCAUUGGAUUUUAUCAUUUCUGAAUACCAUCACAGAUACAAAUCCUUCAUUCAGGCCAGUCCUAUGUAUUUGAGCAAUACGAACAAUAAACCAUGGGAUGUUGUUGCAUGGAUCGCCGACAAGCUUGUGGAUGAAUUGAUAGCUGAAAUAUCUAAGGAACUUCAAAUGGACAAUAUUAUACAAAAAAUGUUUGAUUUAGAAUUUGAGGAGUUCUAGCAGCUAAGCAAUUCCGUGCAUGUGGAAAGAUAACGAUUCAAGAGAGUGAAACCGACGUA